GUCCACGUGAGGAACAGGAAACCGAAAAAAAAAAGUUUCAGGAAGUUACCUUAGAGCAGUGAAACUGGCAAAUAAGAACCAACAAAUCUGAUAAGAAUACAUAAUAAUUAUACAAGUGUUCCCGGGAUAUAAAUUACAUUCAUAUAGGACUCACAGAAAAUAAUUCCGCAUGUGUAACUUACUUUACACCUUUGAUAAACAAAACAACAUGACCAGCUUUUAAGUGUCAGGUCUGUAAAUUAGCUACACUUAACAACCAGGAAGUAAAACGCUCUGCCAGGAUGAGCCGCCCUCCCUCCCAGCACAUUCAGACCUGCGGCCCCUGGGAGAUGAAGGAGCGCCUGGGGACCGGAGGCUUUGGGAACGUCAUGCGGUGGCAGAACAAGGACACAGAGGAGCAGAUCGCCAUCAAGCAGUGUCGGCAGGAGCUGAGCCUUCGGAACCGCGAGAGGUGGUGCCUGGAGAUCCAGAUCAUGAAGAAGUUGAAUCACGUCAACGUGGUGGCAGCGCGGGAGGUUCCCGAGGGGCUGCAGAAACUCAACACCAACGACCUGCCGCUGCUUGCCAUGGAGUACUGCCAGGGGGGGGACCUGCGCAAGUACCUGAACACUCUGGAUAACUGCUGCGGGAUGCGGGAGGGCUCGGUUCUGAUCCUGCUCUCAGAUAUCGCCUCUGCGCUGCGCUAUCUCCAUGAGAACAGGAUCAUCCAUCGCGACCUGAAGCCGGAGAACAUCGUGCUGCAGCAGGGGGAGCAGCGGCUGAUCCACAAGAUCAUUGAUCUGGGCUACGCCAAGGAGCUGGACCAGAGCAGCCUGUGCACCUCCUUUGUGGGAACCCUGCAGUACCUGGCUCCGGAGCUGCUGGAGCAGCGCAAGUACACGGUGACGGUGGAUUACUGGAGCUUCGGCACGCUGGUGUUCGAGUGCAUCACCGGCUUCAGACCCUUCCUACCCACCUGGCAGCCUGUGCCCUGGCACACCAAGCUGAAGCAGAAACAGGAAGAUGACAUCGUGGUUUAUGAAGACCUGAGUGGAGAGGUGAAGUUCUCCAAACACCUGCCCUACCCCAACAACCUCAACAGGUUCCUCUUGGAGAAGAUGGAGUGCUGGCUGCAGACCAUGCUGAAGUGGAACCCCCAGAAGAGGGGCACAGACCCCACUUACGGACCCAACGGCUGCUUCAAAGCACUGGAUGACAUCCUGGGACUGAAGCUGGUUCACGUGCUCAACAUGGUGAGCGCUGAGAUCCACACCUUCCCCGUCACGGACCGGACCAGCGUGCCAGAGCUGCAGGAGCGAAUCACCAUCGAGACGCACAUCGAACCGGCCAAUCAGGAGCUGCUGCUGGAGGCGGGGCUGCCCCUCGACCCCCAGAAAGAGGCUGCGGAGUGCGCCGUCGACUACAAGCUAAUUGAUGGCCGCCGGACGGACAUGCCGCUGGUCUUCCUGUUCGACAGGAGCAAGAGCAGCUACGAGCCCCAGUUCAGCCAGCGGCCCAUGCCGGACAACAUCAAGUUCGUGCAGACAGACCCGGAGAAGGUGCUGCCGUACAGCCCGCUGAGACGCACGUGGAGCCAGGCGUGGCACACCACCCGCACCCUGAAGGAGGACUGGCAGCGCGUCCAGCAGGGGCAGAAAGCAGCGCUUAUGAGCCUCUUGCGUCACAAUGGCACUCUGUCCAAGCAGAAGAACGAGAUGAUCUCCAUGCAGCAGCGACUCAAGGCCAAGCUGGACUUCUUCAAGAGCAGCAUCCAGCUGGACAUGGAGAAGUACCUGGAGCAGAAGGGCAGCGGCAUCGCCUCUGAGAAGAUGAUUUCAGCCUGGAGGGAGAUGCAGCAGGCAGCGCUGAGCUGUGGGCAGACGGAGGAGGUGACUAACCUGGAUGUCCAGAUGAUGGCGCUGCAGACCGACAUCGUGGAUCUGCAGAGGACUCCGCCGGGGUGGAAAUACGGAGACGCGCUCGAUGGGCUAGAGGCGAAAUCCAUGGAGCUGUACCGCAGACUGAGGGAGAAGCCUCGAGACCAGCGCAGCUCCGGUGACUGUCAGGACAUUGUGCGCCUCGUGGUUCAGGCCGUGCAGAUCUACGAGAAGAAGCUCAAGGAUUUCUACACACACCUCAGUAAGACGGUGGUGUGUCGGCAGAAGGUGAUGGAGCUGCAGCCCCAGGUGGAGGGGCUGCUUCAGCAGAUGAGCGUGAGUGAGAGGAUGGUCCGGAGCCUGCAGGAGAGGAGGCAGAAGGAGCUCUGGAACCUGCUCAAGGUGGCCUGUAGUAAGGUGCGCAGCCCGUUGAGUGGCAGCCCUGAGGGGGGCGCUCCGUCCCAGCUCGUCUCUCCCGGGCGAUCCCUGUCCAGGACACUGCCGGAUGAGACCCGUUGCAGCGACGACUCUCUCCUGGUGAUUGAGGAGAGCAAGACCUUCGAGAGCCGGCUGCAGAGCCUGGUUCAGGAGACGCUGGAGGAGCAUGAGCGGGACAGCAAGGUCCUGCAGCAAUGGGACUGGCUCUACGAAGAGGGAGAGCUCUCCAGGCUCGAGUCACAGGAGAGUCUGUGAAGAACCGGAGCAGCACAGUGUACUGUACGUGGUCCCCUUUGCCUUGACUGAUGAAAGCGCCCAGACCAGAGGUUGUAGGAGUGCAGAACAUUUCCUGAGGCAUGCAGCAGCACCGCCCUCUUGUGGAGAGAGUCCGGUACUGCAGCUUCCCUGCUUCUGGUUGAGGGCUGGUUAUUGCAGUGCUGGUUGAACCCCAGCAAUGCAAUCAUCCCAUUGUUCCUACUGGUUAACACAGAGAAGUGGAGAUUCCUGACAGAUGCAAUACAACCCUGUACAUGUGCCUACAGUAUUGCUCCUUUUAUCUUGUAGGUGUUGCUGUGUGUUUGAAAUGGGAGUCUGUUUCUGUUACCAGGUAUUGCAGUAAUUGUAUAUAAAACGUUUUUUUGCCCUGUAAAUUAAAGUUUUGUGUUGAAGAUUGUUAAACAGGAUUAAAUGCUGUCUGGAUGUUACUAGGAAACAGCAUCUCCUGAAACAGUUCCCUGUUCAACCCACUCCGACCUUUGCCUCCCAUGUAACCCCAGGAUUACUGCUUCCAUUCUUAAAAGGUCAUGAAAACUUAAUGCAACGUGCAUUCCUACAUGAGAGAAGCUUACUGGCUUAGAGCAGGGGGCUGGGGGACCGGGGUGUUGUGCUUCACAUACAUUCCAUUCCUAGUGCCGGGCUUGGCAAGGGAGACCAAAAUAAAAUAUCCAAAUACAAA